AAGGACAAUCUUGAAAGUAUGGGAUUCUUGCGACGCUUCGUGCGGCGCAGUGGGAGCAGGACUUUCCCGCCUGCAAUCCGAAGAGAUUGAGUCGUACUGAAUUGAAGUCUUUAUGAGUUUUCCAGUAGAGAUGAUUAUGCGCAAAGGCUUUAAUUGACGAUUGGAACUGCCACAGCCACAGCAGAACACGUGGUCCUGAUAAUAAGUGCAGACAUUCUUUCGAAGUAGACGAGCUGUAUUGGUAAUCCUUUUCACUGUAUUGGAUUGUCCAGUUUCCGGGUCGACCCUCUGGGCACAAAGUAAAUGUCGUUGAUUUCGAUAGCAAAUUUCUGGUGCUGAUAGUGCGUAGACUUCUCGUCUAUCGAAGACAAGAGUAAACGGGAAGGCAGGAGAGAUAGUUUCAAGAUUGUUUUUGCGCUUCUCACCUUCAACUCGCCGGUAAAGCCGUUUCGUCUCAAUCUCAAAAAGGCUUCAUCAAUUGCAGUAAAGAUGCUGGCACGGACCCUGGAGUGAAGUGGAGUGGAGUGGAGAAGCGAGAGAGAUUUCAUUCAAGAACCGGUAGAAGUGGCUGAAGAAGACAUCUGCCCAAGCUGGAGCCGUAAUAUCUGGCAACUAAUGGCGGGCAGAGUUUUGUGUCAAUUUUCUCUGCAACUCACAAGCCAGCUUCCAAUGAAAUUGGGGAGCAGAAGCAGAAGAUUCUUGGCUCGAAUUCUUUCUGGGGUCUUAUUAUAUAACCUGAUUCUUUCUCCGGUCGUCUCCCAGUCUACUGAGGGCUCUACACAAGGAUUCAUAAGCAUCAGUUGUGGCGGCGUAAGCGGAGUAGACCCUGUCACCUCACUCGACUGGAUCACUGAUGAAUCUCACCUCGACUCGUACAAAAGUCUUUUUGAUGGAAAUGUCAUCACCACCGCCGACGUUCAGUACAACGAGAGCUCACCAAGCGUGCCGAAUGACGAACAGUUGAAAACUGCUCUGGUGUUUCUUCCCAACCAAAUGACACGCUCGAAGUUUUGCUACAACUUGCCAAUUGCUUUUAACGCAACUGAAGGAUCACGAAAUUACCUUCUUCGAGCAAUGUUUCCCAGCCAAAAUUUGACUGUGAAUGGAAAAGCAUUAUCGGGAUAUGCCACUCGGUUCUACCUUACUGUCGAUUCCACCUACAUCACCACAAUCCAGCUACUGCCUUCUAUACCGCAGACAAUCGAGCUGGUGGUCUCUUCAUUAGAUGACAAAUUUUACGUUUGUCUCGUGCCCUUGGAAGACAAGUCCUCAAUGCCAGCUAUCUCAACUCUGGAGUUGCGUCCGUUCAAUCCGGAUACCUAUGACAGAUCUGGUCAAUCGAAAGAAAAGCAACAGUCGAGCUAUCUCAUGCUGGUUGAUCGUUACGACUUCGGGGGAAUACUUGAUACUGAGUCGCCUCCUCUCAGAUUUCCCGCAGACCCUUUCGAUCGUAUAUGGUCAUCCCCACGAAUUCCCGAAGGAGCGCAGUUUGAGGCUUACAACAGAACCGAAGAUGCAAACCUUGGGUAUGGCGGGGACAAUGUUCGCUUCCCUAUUGCAGUUAUGAGAUCGAUAUGGAGGGGAAAAAAUUUGUCGUCUACCAUGAACUUUGAGGUUAAUGUGAAGAGCGCUAGAGCCCACCGUCCACUACCAACAUUCUGGUUCCAGAUUUUAUGUUCAAACGUAGUUUCUGGAGAUGUGAAUCCUCAUCAAUCCGUGAGACUAAUCGACGGUGAUCUAGCUGGGGGCUGGGGUCCGUUUGAGGUACCUGGUUCUCCCAAUUUUAUUCAGCUAUUGAGCAACGACCUUUUAAUCAGGAGCGAUUCGUUUACAAUCAGAAUUGAACCAAAUGAAACCACAGAAGCACCUGUUCUGGUAAAUGCAGCCGAGAUUCAUGGUGAGUUUGCAGCGGUGGCAGUCAGAACUUCAAAACUUGAUGUUGAUGCAGUCCAAAGGUUUUCAACCAAUUUGGUAUCAAAUUCCCUAGACACAGCUGGGGAUCCAUGCCUCCCAAUUCCUUGGGACUGGCUAGUUUGUAGUAUCGAAUUGCCCCCUACAAUAACACAAAUAAAUCUUACUACGAAAGCCGUGUUGGGAGAGCUCGACCUGGAAGUAUCAUUGCUAAGUCGUUUGACCGUCUUGGACUUAUCAAAUAAUCAUUUCAAUGGACGCGUGCCACUAACCUUAGUGAAUGUAUCCACGCUGAGAGCGCUGGAUUUUUCACGAAACAACUUUUCUGGUCAAAUUCCGCCUUUUCCUGCCGAUUCCUUCAUGAAUUUGGAAUAUAUAUCAUUCUCCCAGAAUCAGCUCGUCGGCAACCUCUCGUAUUUGAUGCGGUCUUUGACCCAGUCGGUCAAAGGGAUAAAUCUUAGAGAUAAUGCUUUCAUCGGACCCAUUCCUGCGGAAAUUGUGAAGUUUGAGAAUCUGGAAAGCUUGGAUUUGUCAGGGAACAACUUGUCUCAAGGUUUACCCACUGAACUAGGAAAGUUACAAAGCUUGAAGACACUAUAUUUGAACGAUAACUUAUUGUCAGGCGCAAUCACAGAUACUCUCUGGAGCUCUAAACUCGAAAACAUAAAUAUGGAAAACAAUAACUUCACAGAGCUGAACCUGACAAGUUGGUACUAUCUCGUGAGAGGAAAGAAGGAACUCAACACAUCAUCCGUGCAAAGAGUGCGACUGAUGGGGAACCCAAUCUCCAUAGUUCAUAUUCCAUCAGACGAUGCUCUCGACGACCUUAUACGGCCAUCUCAAACUAGUGGGCAGUUAUCAGAGCAAAACAGUAACUCAUUUAUUUUGCUUGGAGGAAGUCCUUGGUGUCUGGCUCGUGGAGGUUCAGAGAGUACUCUAGCAAUUAGAUACCUGUGCCGGACCAACGAAGCUGAGGAUUUUUGGCUUGCAGAGGAUAGUGGAAAUAGAACUUUACUUAUCGUGGCCAUAACAGUGGGCGUUGGCGCGCUCGUCUCGGCGGCCAUCCUUUUGUUCUUUCUGAGAAAUUCCUGGAAGCGCAUACAAAACCUUCAGCAGAUACAAGACGCUCUGGCCAAACUAGAUGUACGACCACCGUUUUACAAAUACGAGGAGCUGAAAGCAGCAACAAAUGAAUUUUCGAAGAACAACGAAUUAGGGAGAGGAGCAUUUGGUGCUGUGUACAAGGCUGUGUUCGCAGAUGGGACGAUUCUUGCUGUUAAACGGCUGUAUCCAACAGAUCAGAAUGUGAUUGACUUCUUCAAGGAGAUGGUCUUAAUAUCGGGUAUCAAGCAUACGAAUUUGAUCCAACUCAGAGGAUGUUGUGUAAGAGAGAAAGAGCGGAUGUUGGUAUAUGAGUUUGCAGAAAAUAUGAAUCUUGCCGAGGCAUUGUGGGGUAGUUCCAGACCACGUGUACUAAACUGGGAUCAAAGAAAGAAGAUAGCUGUUGGUAUUGCACGUGGUCUUUCUUAUCUUCAUGAGGAGUUACAGCCCAAAAUUAUCCACAGAGAUAUCAAGCCUCAGAACAUUCUCCUUGACAAGUAUCUCAAUGCCAAAAUUGCUGACUUUGGAUUAGCUCGCCCUGCUGAUGAAGACAAAACUCAGCUGGCUACUCAUGUAGGUGGAACAAGGGGUUACUUCUCGCCAGAAUAUGCGACCCUAGGCAUGUUUACAGAGAAAUUGGAUGUCUAUAGCUUUGGGAUCCUUCUACUGGAGAUUGUUGCAGGAAGACCAUGUCUCAGAUCUGUUUCGUCUACCUUGUCCGAAGAAGAGAUGUACCUACGAGUAUGGGCAAGUGAUUUGUUACGCAGAGACAAAUUGAUGGACAUGGUAGACCACGAUUUGGUGGGAAAUUGCUCCCAGGAGGAAGUCGUGGCGACUCUUAAAAUAGCUCUUUCUUGUGUCCAACAAGAAGCAAAGGAUCGACCUUAUAUGUCUCAGGUUGUGAGCAUGCUCACUGGACUUGCAGCCUUGCCGUUUUGA